GCUGUGCGGCACGAAUUCGAUAAAGAAAAAAGCCCUGCGCGACGCAGUGCUUCUCGUGAUCUUCCACCUCGUCGCUCGAACUAUUAUUGCCGUGUUUGUGGUGGUGGUAGUGGUGGUGGUGGCGGUUUUUUAAAAAGAAAGGAUACUGGGAGCGAGCGAGGCUGACCAGCAGAAGAGCUUCCUUUCACUGUUACUAUUAGCAGUAGGAGGAUUCGUUUUCAACGCCACGGAUACCCCUCUCACUCUAUGGCCUGUAUACCUGCAAGCCGCUGCACUUUUUCCCCACGUGGUUGUAUACCUUCUGCCACCUUCCUUUUCCUUCUUGUUCUGUUACGCCGCGGCAGCACCUCUUCUCGCUGCUCGCACUAUCAAAAAAACAAAGGAUCGCAGCAACUUUAGAAUCAUCGUAGUGUUGCCGCUUUCGGGCUUCCUUGUGUACUGGACGCUCUUCCGCUGUAUUGGCACGCACUUUCGUGUCCUUCUUCUGUUUUCAUUUCUAUAUAUUAUUAUUAUUAUUAUUAUUAUUAUUAUUAUUAUUAUUAUUAUUAUUAUUAUUUGCGACCGCGGUGACACCUCAUUUUCUUUAUUAUUGAUUCUCAAUACCUUUGUUGUUUUUGUUGUUGAUCUAUAUAUUUCCGGAGGGAAUACACCUUCAGCUGCUCCACGUGCGAUUCGAUCGCGCGUACGGCUGCAGAAAAGGGCUAUUCUUAUUUUCAUAUACAUUUCAUUGCGGGGUUUUCUUUGCUUUUUUUCCGUUGGUUUUUCCUCUCCAAAAGAGAACACAAGAAAGCGCGGGUCUGGGCCCGGCUGCCGCUUCUUCGCUUGCGUGUGUACGUGUGAACACCCUUUCGGAGUACUCUCAUUCGUUUCUUCCCUAGCUAAGAAGGAGGAGGGGGUGGCGGUCAAAUCAGCGCGCAUAACUCCUUUCCAUUUUCUUCUCCCGCACGCAGCAUGUCGUGCGUCAGCGUCACCCAGCUUAUUACAGAGGACGGCAAGGUGCAGAUUGACAUCACCAACACCAGCGGACGGGCGCCGCCGCUCUCACGUGAGCUGACCUUUUCGAACACGAACGCCGGGCAGGUGAGUGCGGUGCCCGAUCAAGACGAGCCGUGCUCCCUCAUCGUUUCACUGCGCUCCUCACAUCCGCAGUUUUUCUUCUACCGUGGUCCGCAGCCAAAGCCUGCCGUCAGCACCACCGUCGCCUCACCCCUGCGCCUCCGCAAUGGAAACGGGGUGGUUGGGGGGGUUGGCGGUGGUGGUCAUGGACGUCAUCGUCACAGCGGCAACGCGCUGUGGGGGAAUGAGCUCGUUGAUCCCACCAUCCUCGACGUUUCCCGCCAGACGUGGAAGGAGCACGGAUUCUUAUCGGUGGCGACGGACGCGAAUGCAGGUGGCAGCAGAUCUGACGGCCACCACGGGGGCGACGAUGCGAAUCCCACGGGCGCACACGCGGUAAAGCCAUCGGUCUCGCCGUCAGAGGCGGCGGCAUCGGCGGCGGCGGCCAAGGGCGAUCAUCGGCCGCUGCUCGUGAAAGAGGAGAUGGCCGACUGCGUCUUGUUGCCCGGUGAGCGGCGGACGUUUUUCAUGGAGGUGGGCGAUCCAAACGUGUUGUCGCGGCUGGUGGCACCGAAGAAGUCGUCCAAGGCAGCCAGCGCAUGGUCGCGACCGACUCCCGUCCUAAGCCGCGAUGAGGAAGGGUGGGGUGAUGGUGGAGGCGGAGGCGGCAGCAGUGAGGGGGGAGAGGGAAAGAAGGGCAAUCAAGACGGCGCCGAUGAACUGCCGCCCGUAACGCGUUACCCCAACGGCAGCGACGUCGAGGACAAAGCGCCCAACGCGCCGCUGCGGGACGGGACAGACGUGUUCGCCGCCAGCAACCACAACGUCGACGUGGUGUCCGGCAACUCGGGCCUGCGCCGUAGCGGUGCCGCCGCAACGCCAAACGGCACCGGGAAGAAGACGGAUACAACGACGGAGGACGACGACGACGACGGGCGUUCGCCGUCGCGGCAGCCCCUCAGCAUUGUGCGCGAGAGCACGACGACCCGUGCCUCCACUGAGGCCGUGCGCAGCUCGGUGCCAAGUCGGCCGCAGCGGCGGGCUUUUGAGGCGCUCGUCUCCACGCGAAGCAGCCGGGACUACGCUGUGCCGCCCAGCAGCAGCAGCUUCAACAGCGACACGCCCAGCAACAGCAGUGACAGCCACAAGGUUGAAUGCGGCUACGGAAAUAUGACAGAGCCGCCACUGCCGCUGGUGGCGGGGUACGGCAAUGCGAAGCCGGCCGGUGACUCCCCAAACCCCGCGACGAACCUCCCUUACGCCUCCCCCUGCCUCUCGCAUCGCCCCGUCUUCUACGUGUACUACCACCCCCUCGGCGACGAGAACACGUGCGUAGAUCGGGCCCGUAAGUGGAUCGCGAAGGAGCAGCGCAGUUAUCACGAGUGGCGUGAGCGUCUCGUGCGGACAGUCAUCGAGCAGGAGCGGCAGCGCGAGCGUGGGUGGACCGUGACGAAGGAUCAGACGAUCGUGCCGACGCUGCCGCGGCUGGAGGAGAAGCGCAUUCUCCCACCUGUCUUGGGCGAGCUGGUGCGCUGGCGUAGCGGCGAUGGCGGCACUGAGUGCGACAACGACCCAAUGGAGCCGUCGCCGGUGACUAUCGCCGCCUUCUACUACUACUUCCUCCACCUAGACGCCGGUGGCGAUGCCGAACCCGCCCCUGCCCCCCCUGGCCUCUUCAAGCACAUCGCCAAAGCGCCGCCGAAGCGGAACAAUCUCCCGGUCGUGCCGCCGUCCUUCGCGGCCACCCGCACCAACCGCGUAAGCAAAAAAGCGAAGAAGAUGUUUACCGAUCAUCGUCAAGGCGCCGGCACCGUCGUCGUGCCCCUGCGCAUUUCGAGCCAGAAGACGCUGUCGCCGUCGACCACGAACCUGCCGCUGCGCCGCGACUCCACCUCCUACCGAGGGGCAGCGCCUCUGAGAGUGCCCUCCUCGAUGUCGGCUGCUGGGGGAGGUAACACGUUGCGGCCCACGCCCUCCCCGCCGCAGCAGCAGCGCAACGAGUCGCAGUACCUAACUGUCUCCGACUCCUCCGCCAACGCGACCCCGCCGAUGCAGGCGUCGAUACACACGUACCCCUCCACGUCCUCCACCCACCCGCUACACCCAGGGGGCUUCACGGAGGCGGACUUCUACCUCGCUGGCGCUGCGACGACGCCAAGCGAGCACACAGCACAGGACAGCCGCCUACGACGCCCGCGCUUUAGCACCGGCCGCGGGCUCGCCCUGCUCGACGACUCCGUCACCGGCUCCCUCUCCCCGACGGCCUACGGCGCCCCCGAGCCGAUGGCGUCGGGCGGCGACAUGUCCGGCUUCGAGCCCCUUCAGAAGAACAGCUUUCUCAUCACCACCUCCUCGGUGAGCUCACGGUGGGGUCGCACGGAAACGCUGGAUCCGGAGGCGGCCGAACUCGCCGCCCGCACCCCGCCACCACCGCUGGACGGCAACCCGCUCUACUCCCCAAGCUACACGCACACCUCGCUGCCGUCGUUUCCAUCCACGCUGGAGGGCACUCGGACCGCCAUCACCGCCGCACCAGCCGAGCGGGUCUGCGCGGCGACCUCCAACCCAGACUUCGCCACCGCACCCUUCACGGCGGCGACGACCGCCAGUAGUCCGCUGGGCAGCAGCAGCUCCGGCAAUCACUUCAACCUCCAGCUCUCGGAUGACUUGACACCACCGCACGAUGCGGCGGCGGAGGCGGCGGCGGCGAAGGGGAAGGAGCCGCAGUCGAACAACGCUGGGAGUCUCGUUGCCUGGCUGCUCCAAUCCUUCCUUGGAAGGCGCGGCAACCAGUCGGACAGCGGGAGCAGCCUCGACAGCGACGCCUCGCCCGCCCACACGCGCGAUAUAUCCUCCGCCCCGCCGUCGUGCGUCGCCUACCGUCGCCGUAGCGUGCUGGGUAGCACGGGCUCGGCGAAUGCGAGCAGCAUGAGCGGCUCCGGCUUCCUCGCGAGUCGUCUACCGCGGCAACUGACGCGUUUGUUGGCGCAGUCGGAGGUGGUGAAGGGGACGAAGGAGGGGGCGCGGGCGGCGGCGCUGCUGCUUUCCGCGAAGGCCGGCGCAGCAGCGGUGCAGACCGUUGAUCUCCUCCAGCAGCACGGGCCGACCGCCGCGAACGGUGUCAUGAUGCUGCUGAACCUGCUGAAAGAUGUCGUCUUCACGCCGGAAAAUGUGAAGGUAAUGGAGCAGGUGAUUACGCCCUUGGUGGUUGUCUUCUCGCUCGUGGCGCUGCUGUACCUUCUCUUCUUUGGCGGCACGGGGGUGGAUGCGGCGUUGCCGCUGCUGUACAAUGGCGGUCUAUAG